AUGUCUUCCGCAGCCAACCCCGCGUUUGACGACUACCAAUACCAGUCACUAGACCAUGCAACACAGCAAAUACGACUUGUCACGCUUCUGGAUCCGCUGGAGAACGAUGACGCUAUACGUCUCGAUAUCAGCGUCUUCGAGAUCUCAGAAGCCCCGCCAUACACAGCCUUGUCUUAUGUUUGGGGCCCACCAUCAAGCAAUGACAUCUACAUCGCUAACGGAAGGCUGGAGAUACGAGACAACCUUUUCAAAUUUCUCACUGAGUUCCGGAAAUGCAGCGACAAGACACCCUCAGACCAAUAUCUUUGGAUUGACCAGCUGUGCAUUGAUCAGUCGAAUACGGAUGAGCGCAAUCACCAAGUGCAGAUGAUGAGCGACAUCUACAGCAAAGCUACGUCAGUUGUUGCUUGGUUAGGCGGCGGAUCUGAGAAAGCCUGCGCGUCGCCCGAAUGGCUCGCCAAACGCGGAUGCGAUAAGUUCGAAAACAUGUACGAUGCUGCAUGUGCAUGGAAGGAUGUUGGAGAACAAGCGGCCAUCAUCUGCAAGAGUUCUUUGCGAAGAAUCGGUGGUUUCAUACAUCUCGACAUGUUUGCCGCACUGGACAUGUAUGCGCUGAAUAGUUGCGCAGAUCCGCGCGACAAUAUCUACGGCUUACUCGGUCUUGUUCGUGUUGACCAACGCGUUACUGUCGAUUAUGAAAAGUCGAAUGAUCAACUCUACUUGGACCUGGUUCUAGCUAUGCUUCAAAGCCAAUGUCUCGACGAAUCAGCAGAAGAAUCACCCGAGAAUGGAGUUGAGGGGUGA